ACUAUAACAUACAAUUACUUGUUUACAUGUUUGUAUACCAACGCACAGUUUUGUGGUGACAAGUGCUUUUGAAGGUACUACCAUGAAUUUGUUGAUGUAUUUUGUUUGUUUACUCUUUGCUAUUGGACACAAUGCUUCAGCCGAAAAGUGCAGCGACCCAAACGAAGUGCAGCAAUGCAAGGACCCGUCCUGGCUCCUAAACUCCUGUCGCACCGAGUGCGUCUGCAAGCACGGCUACGUCAGGGACGCCGACAAAAAAUGCGUUGCAAACGUGUUCAGGAUCAACCGUGAUGUGUAUUUUAUCAAUAAAUAAUUUCAAAAUAAAUUUGAUUUACCAUUUUAUUUUCGUUCCGUACUCAAAUCGAGGUCAGAAGGUGAAAACGAUUAGUCCAAUCGAUAUAAAAGCGCAUAAGCGAAAAAAUCGUUUCAAUUAGCGCCGCCACAAUGAAGAAGGCACUUUGCCUAGUUUUUGUUUUAGUUUUGUGUUCAGUUUCCAGCGUCUUGGGGUGCUCCUAUUGCGACCAUCACCAUCACCAUCACCAGCACUUUGAGACGGUGCAGAUGAUAUGUCCUGACAACUACAUACAAGUGUGCCAACCGUGCAUCCUUGACUAUUGUACCAGUAAUUGUGUGUGCCAACCAUACGGCAUGAGCUGGGGCAAAUAAAAUAAACCACUUUUUGUGGAAGCUAACUUAGGGUUGUGUAAAUAAAACAUUCAUCAAGCCACCAGACUUUUAUUAUUAUCAAACAAACCAAACCCAAAACAAAAACCAAUAUAUUUCAAUUAUCUAACAUAAAAAUAUUUGAGAUACAAUAUCGGAAAGUCAAAGGGCAAAAACGUAGUUAAUAAGUGCACAUAAACGCCAAACAUGCACAUUCCUAAUGUUCCAUCGAAAUGUCGAGGUGCAAACUCCUGGCCUUCCUCCUCAUCACCGCCCAGUGGUACCACACGCAAGCACGCGACAUAAACCUGAACGGCGGGCUGUACGACCUGGACGAAAUCCGACCGGUCCCCGUCAUCCACAGGUGCGGCACCAACGAGGACAAAGUGUGCAUCGGCAAAGCUUGCUACUGCGCCUGCAGCAACGGUUUCGGCAAGCUGCAAGGCGUGUGCCGUCCCUUCAUCAAGACCAUCGCACGGCCGACCUACUGUUUCGACCCCCACGAGGUGUUGGCGUGCAAGUUACCCGAUUGUACUUGCAAGGACUGUCUCUGUGUGGGGGAGUGCAAGCUCAGGUGCCUCUGUCAGGAGGGCUACGUUAGGAGUCCUCUUAACAAGAUGUGCAUCAAACGUCCUUGAUGUUUUUUUCAUUCUACGCAGUUGAUUUAAUUUGAUUAGGAUGUAUUUUUAGAAAUUAUUACUUAAAUUACGUUUUUUUAUACUUAAUUAUUUGGAUAAAUUAUGUUGUGCAAUCAAUUAUGGAUAAAAUUAUUUUAAUAAAGUGGUAAUUUACAUUAAUA